AUGCGCAACGGCCUGCACCAGCACGCUCUCGCCCAUCUCGUGGCCCGUGACCGCCCUUUUGCUCUCGGCCAGGGACCAGUAUCGCCCGCAGCGUCUCGGCAGGCCGUCGAACGGAGCACUGCAUGCCUUAGCGGCUCGUCGGCCAUCGUCCGGAACCCUACCUGCACGGCACAUCACGAGUUCGCAUCUGCUGCUGAUAGUGUCACGAACGCUGACGUCGUUGCAAGAAGGGCUGCCGUCAGAAACAGAGCCCCAAAGUCACAGCCCGAUAUAGCUGAGCCAACGGUCGAUGGUUUCCAAGGGACCUAUAUCGGGAUUGUCUUGAGUUCUGACGAUGACGGCGCUAUGAUGGCACAAUCCCUCUUUUGCCGACGCCAAUGA